AUGGAGUCUAUGAACAUUCUCUCUAUCCGUGUACACAAUCUGAUUGAAGAUUUUACCGAAGACGUGAUUUUACAUAUAAGAUCACGUUACAUCCGCUUGGAGCCACACGGCUUCACGCCAAGUCAUAUCUCUGAACUCCUUCGUGGCCAACAAGUUAAUGAAUCUCAACACAUAGGUGAAAAGAUCGCUAAUGAAAUCAAUCGUUCACUUAGUAAUGAUAAAACUCUCCGAGAGCCUGUCUUCGUGAACGUCGAAGUUGAAUUCAUCAAAGAGAGGCGUUUGGUUGUGCCGUCUGAUGUUCCUGCUUCGUUUGACGUUUUACAGAGGUUGGUGGAAGAACAUAGAGUGGAUUUGAACGGAAAUAAAGAAACUCUGUGUUCAAUUUGCAUCGAGGAUUUGUCCAAGAGUCAACAAAGCGUCAUUGAGAUGCCUAACUGUUUGCAUAUGUUUCAUCAAAACUGUCUUUUCGAGUGGCUUGGUCGGAAAAACUCGUGUCCGUUGUGCCGGAGAUUCGUACGACCUAGGAAUAGGAUCAAGAAACAGAAACUCGAAAACGUUACAGGUUUCGAUUCUGUUGCGAAUUGUUGA